CACAUGUAGGCGGUUCUCUCCUGCGUUCGUCUUCGCAGCUAAGAUGCGUGCGUACAUCAUCCUCUUUGCUUGUGUGCGGAUAGUGGAGUGCUACAAAAAUGGCCUGAUUUCUAGCGCUUGCGGAUCCAUGGCACCGAAUCACGGGUCCAGCGCUCAAACCAGCGCAGCCCCCUAUUCUGUUACCGUGGACAAGACCAGCUACAGUGCGGGAGAUGCAGUCACAGUGACUCUCAGUGCAAAGUCUGGCACAUUCCUGGGAUUUCUGCUGGAAGCUCGCCUGAUCGGUGGCUCUACUCCUUUUGGCUCUUUCAGUUCAGCGGGUACUGGUGCCCAACUGCUAGCCUGCUCAGGACAGCAUAGCGCUGCUGUCUCACAUUCAUCACCUACCCCAAAAUCCCAAAUCCAGAGUAUAUGGAAAGCUCCUACAUCUGGAAACCUCAACAACAUCCAGUUCAGUGCAACAUUUGUCCAGGCUUACUCCAGCUUCUGGGUGGGUGUGAAAAGUGCACAGGUGACCUAUAGCACUGGGAAUGGUACCACAGCAAUGAAUGGUAUUUCUAGUGCAGGUUGUGGAAUUACUAAGACAUGUGUCAGCCAGCCCAGUAACUGUGACCCUUUUACCAACUCCAACUGCUACUUCAUGUCCGCCAUGCCAUUGUCUGAUGGAUCAGGAUUCAAUUUUGAGAUCUUUGGUCCUUCAAACGGCUACGUCGCCAUUGCUUUCUCGGAUGACCAACAAAUGGGAAAUGAUGAUAUCUACAUUUGUGGGAAAAACUCUCAGGGUAAUAUCCAGUUGCAGCAUGCUUUCUCAACUGGAACUACAACACCAACCACUAUUAGAAUGGGCAACGUUACAAACUUCAACGCGUCAUUUACCAAUGGUGUCAUCAGCUGCUCUUUCACUUCUCGAAACUCUAUCAGCACCACCAGGAGUUCGGCCUCCACAAACAGCUACUACAUCUUCCUGGCCAAUGGCCCAGUAGACCAAAACGGAGUCAUCCAGAUCCACCCCAAUACACCCAUCAUCAGUUCCGCUAAGAUAGAUCUCUACAGCCCUCAGGUCCUGGGUGGAGAACAAUACCCAGCGAUCGUCAAAGCUCAUGGCUGCCUCAUGCUUAUCUCUUGGAUGACCACUGGCUCUGUAGGCAUGCUUAUUGCACGCUACCUCAAGAAAACAACCCGGGGGACUCGGUGCUGCGGAAAAGACUUCUGGUUUGUGGCACACAUGCUUUUGAUGCUACUGUCAGUUGCUGCGACCAUCAUUGCGUUUAUCCUGGUGUUUUCAUAUGCUCAGGACUGGGCUGGGGGAGCUCAUCCGGUACUGGGCUGUAUGGUGAUGAUCCUCAGCCUGGUGCAGCCCACUGCUGCCAUGUUCCGCUGUGGCCCACAGCAUGAGAGGAGAUUCAUUUUCAACUGGGCCCACGCUAUCAAUGCACUAGCCAUCAAAGCACUGGCAGUGGCAGCGAUAUUCACUGGUCUGAUACUGGUGGACCCCUCUCAGGAUGGCUGGCUGCCAAAGGUGAUGGGAGGCUUUGUGGCGUGGGAGGCCCUGUUUUUCCUGUUCCUAGACAUUCAUCAGAAAUGGACGGAAAAGGAUGUUGAUGGAGAUGAUUAUGGCCAGAUAAGACCAGAAGUACUUAUCAUGUUAGCAUUCUUCCUGGGAAAUGUGGCAUUCCUCGUGACUCUUCUUGUUGGAAUAGGGAAUGUAUAACUUCUGAAAGAAGAAACCUAUAUGUCAUCACAGCCAUAUAAAACAAAUUCAAGCUGAUUAUUACUUUUUUUUAUAGAAACUCAGGAUUUCUGCAUUUGUAGUGAUACAAGAAUCAAAUUAGGAUUUCAGUAUGCAUACAGCAUUUUUUUUUUUAAAUUGCUGAAUACUGUAUUAGCUAAAUCAUUUAUUUGGUAAAUGGAUUUUCUCUGUAUUUCAGUUGCUAUUGUAAUGCAUUGAAGAGUAAUUGGGCUACAUAGCCAUUCAUAGUUCUAGUUCAGAUAAUGAUGAAUAAUGUAGUCCCUGCCGUUCUUGGCUGAGUGCAAAAACACACAUCCGUGUAUGUUUAACAUACCUCAGUAAACAACAAACAGUUCAUUCUUUCUCUUUUUUACUUCCAGUAACUAAUCAGUAGCCUACCACGAUAUGAUAAUUAAGGUCAAAUGUAUUGGUAAUGCUCCAGCUAAUGGUUAAAAUAUUACAUUGAUAGUGAUUCCCUAUAGAAACCUUGAUUUAUUCUGAAACUUUUAUUCCUGCAUGCUGUGACUCAAAAGAUUCUUGAGUGUUUUAGAAUUACAUUUUGAAUUUUAACAUGCCCUUCAACUCAGGCACUUUUUCUUCAGAUAUCUCAUGAGGAGAAUGCAAAAAAGCUCAUGAACUCAUGCAGACAAACCCUCAAAUUGCCUACAUACAUGUGUUGUCUCUUACAGAGCUCACAGUGUAGCUAUAUAUGUCCAUCCCCCAGUCUCUGUUUAUUUGUGUCUAGUUGUAUUUAUCUUAUUAACAAGAAAUAUUCGUAAUGGCUUGUUGUAUUCAUUUCCAUGCUUACUGAACAGUACAUGCCUUUGCA